AUGCCCAUCGCGGUAGCGGGAAAACGUCUCUGCGUCAAUCCCGAUUACAAUUCUUCCCUCUUCACCUACGUGGGCUCCGAUUGUGUAAAGAAAUUUCUCGAAUGGCUCAAUGAACAGAUCAAGGAAGCGCACAUUAUCGAUUUGCAUUGUUCCAAAGACAGUCUUGAACAUAUGUCUUCGCGUGAUUGGAAGAAGUUUGUCUCGCAGCAGCAUUGCGAGAUGUGUGGAAUUGAAUUCACUAUAGGCGUGAAAAAGUGCAUCGACCAUUGUCACUUGCAAGCGGAUCGGAUGCGAUACGUUCUCUGUAAUCGUUGCAACUUGACUUAUGCUUCGGAAAGGGAAUUACAGAUCAGUGGCUUGGCGCAUAAUGCCACAAGAUAUGACAAUCACCUUUUUGUAGAGGAAUUGGCAAAACAAGAUGGAGAAUUGAAAAAGUUUCGAAUAUUGCCUAAAAACACAGAGCACUACUUGGCCAUAUAUUGUCAAACGUUAGUCUUCCUGGAUAGUUUUCAAUUCUUGCCAUCGUCUUUAGCAAAUCUAGUGGAAUUGAUGAAAAACAAGACUAGCACUAUUGUAGACCCGGAAAGUGGGAUGAAGCAGAGCCAGAGCGCAUUUCCUCUCCUCUCCGAAUACGUGAAAGGAUCGAGUGAAAUGUACGAUCUUUUGUUGCGCAAGGGUGUCUUUUGCUACGAAUAUCUGGACAGGCCAUCAAAACUUCAAGAGAGGCAGCUUCCGCCGGUCGAGGCAUUUUUCGAUUCGCUAAAAAAACAACCCAUUUCAUCGGAGGAUUACGAGCAUGCAACGAAGGUAUGGCGAACAAUGAACUGCAAGACCCUUGGUGAUUAUCUUGUAGUCUAUCUCCAAACAGACGUUUUACUACUAGCCGAUUGUUUUGAGAAAUUUCGUGCCAUGUCCAUGAAACAUUUUCAAUUAGAUCCAGUAAAAUAUAUAUCGGCCCCUCACAUGACAUUCGAUGCCAUGCUCAAAAUGACAAGAGCUCAUAUAGACUUGAUAGAAGACCUGGAGGAAUAUCUGUUUGUCAAAAAAGGCAUUCGUGGAGGUGUCGCUUUCAUUUUCCAACGACGGGCCCACAUAUCUGUUGACGAUGAUGAUGAUGUUGAAGAGAAGGGGGUAUUUUCAGGAGAAGCAGACAAGAAGAGUGGCGCGCAGAUAUUUGCCCUCGACGCGACGAAUCUCUACGGCUACUCCCUCAGUCAAGAUUUACCGCACGGAAACUAUCGCUGGAUCGAGGUUGACGACCCAAACGAAUUUGAUGUUUUGUCUUUGUCAGACGAUAGCACUACAGGAUACAUACUGGAGAUGGACCUCGAAUAUCCUACUUGUCUACACGAUUCGCACAAUGACUUUCCUUUAGCGCCAGAGAAACUGUGCAUAUGCCCUUCGCAGUGGAGUCCGCUAAUGCAUGUUUUGGCGGGAAAACUAAUGGAUCCCUCACAAAUACGAAGUGCCGCCACCGGAGAAAAACUGAUUCCUCAUCUUGGACCGAGAACAAAUUACAUUGUCUAUCUGAAUAACCUGCUAUAUUAUCUUCAGCUGGGCAUGACGCUGAGCAAAGUGCAUAGGAUUCUGGCUUUCGAUCAGUCGCCCUGGAUGAAAGAUUUCGUCAGCUUCUGCACGGAGCAGAGGAAGGCCGCGGCAAACAAUCCCCUCGAAUCUGACUUUUGGAAAAAAGCAAUUAAUUCUUACUACGGGAAAUUCCUCCAAGACAAAACAAAGCACAUAAAUAUGAGUCUAGUGUCGGACAAGAGAAAAUUCCUAACAAAAACGAGCAAACCAAAUUUCAAGUGA